CGCUUUACUAUCUUCACUCCGCUUAAUUUCCUUUUAAAAUUUUAAUUUAUUAAGUAAGAAAAAAUUAAGGUAAAUUUUUAUUUUCUUUCCUCUUUAGUCUAAGUCUCACUCUCCAUUUCUUUCAUGGCGAGACAAGGAAACGCAUUUGAAAUCAAGCUAUAACUGCAAAAAUAAAAUAAAAUAAAAAACUCCUAUUAAAGCGCAAAUCCCGAGAGGACCGCGUUGGACUCUCUUCUUUCUUCUUCUUCUUCUCUUCUCAGGUAUAGCACCUGGUCUUUUGACACCUGACUUAAUUUUUGCUCGCAUAAAAAUUGAGAACAAAGACUCUGCUUGAUAAGUUGGGGACUAUAGCUAAAAAUGUCAUCAGUAAGCAAGGCUGAUAGGAAGGCAGCUCUAGAUGUGGCCUCCUGGUUUUUCAAUGUUGUCACAUCUGUGGGUAUAAUCAUGGUCAAUAAAGCCUUGAUGGCUACAUAUGGCUUCAGUUUUGCUACUACACUAACGGGUUUGCAUUUUGCCACAACAACCUUGUUGACUGUUCUUCUUAGAUGGUUGGGUUAUAUUCAGGACUCUUAUCUACCAUUACCCGAUCUUCUCAAGUUUGUCUUGUUUGCAAACUUUUCUAUUGUUGGAAUGAAUGUGAGUUUGAUGUGGAACUCAGUGGGCUUCUAUCAGAUAGCAAAGCUGAGCAUGAUUCCAGUAUCUUGCUUUCUGGAAGUUGUUUUUGACAAGGUCCGCUACUCGAGGGAUACAAAGCUUAGCAUAGUACUAGUUCUCCUUGGAGUUGCCGUCUGUACUGUUACAGAUGUGAGUGUCAAUGUCAAGGGUUUUUUAGCUGCUGUGAUUGCAGUCUGGAGCACAGCCCUCCAGCAGUAUUAUGUACAUUUUCUUCAACGCAAGCAUUCUUUAGGAUCUUUUGACUUAUUGGGACAUACUGCUCGAGUACAAGCUGCAAGCCUGCUUUUAACUGGUCCUUUUGUGGAUUACUGGUUAACAGAGAAAAAGGUUUAUGCCUAUGACUACACUGUGAUAUCAGUGUUUUUCAUAAUCCUGUCAUGCACCAUUGCCGUGGGGACCAACCUCAGCCAGUUCAUCUGCAUUGGCAGGUUUACCGCUGUAUCAUUCCAAGUGCUUGGCCAUAUGAAGACUAUCCUUGUCCUGAUCCUAGGGUUCAUUUUCUUCGGUAAAGAAGGUCUUAAUCUGCAUGUAAUUCUGGGUAUGAUCAUUGCAGUAGCAGGAAUGAUCUGGUAUGGUAAUGCCUCAUCCAAGCCAGGAGGAAAAGAACGGCGGAUUUAUUCAGCUCCAAGCAAUAAAUCACACAAACAGGAUGAGUUAUCAGAUUCCACCGAGACAGACGAGAAGGUCUAAAAAUUCAGUUACAAGUUUAACAAAGUAAAGGGAAAAGAUAUAUGGAGAGAGAAACUAAGCUAUUUUUCCACAUUAUGAUUUCUAUUGUUUUCUUUUUAUUUUUUCUUUUUUCACACAUCAAGGUUAAUCAGUUUCUUAUGCCUUUAAUUUAUUCAAGUGAAAGAAUGGUGUUGAUAGAGGGAGCAAAUUCCCUGUGCAAAAACAGCAUUUUUCCCCGCACUAAUAAAUUUUUUCUGUUGUAAUUUAUUAUCCUUUGUCCAUUUGUCCAUUUGUCCAAUAAUUCAGGUAGCCCCACUUUUCGGGUUGAUCCAUCAUUAAGUUUCUCUUGCAUUUGAGACAUGCAACAAAUAAAUUCCAGGCCAUUUGUUGGAAUUGGUACUUGGGCUAACAAAUGCGAACACUGUCCUUACUAAAUGCUCAUAUUUGUUAGGUAUACAAGGGGAAGAAAAAUAGGGGAAUUCCCUGAUUAAUUGAGCCUUUCCAACAGGAAUUCCCUGAUUAAAGCCACUGCUGUUUGCCCAUUCAUUCUUCUAACAACUGUGAAAAUUUGCCAGACCCUCUGAUAAUAUUUACCCCUCCCGUUGUAGGUUACAGGGAAUGACGCAUUCAUGGCCAAAAUAGUUAAUUUUGUGGUUGAUGCAGCCAUUAAUGGUGUUCGAAGCUGCUGCACUCGUGCACGUUGAUGU